CUCGCAAAGGAGGGAGGCACUGACGUCAAUUGAUACCCAACAGAUAUUUACCAUACUCUAACCAACACUAGUCUUGUUAGUCGGCCCAGCUUUGGUGAUGCUCCCAGUACCCCUGAACAUAGCUGUGGCCACAGUGUUUGUGCUGAGCUGCAUGUGUGCCGUGCCGCUGCAGGGCCAGAAGCCGGCUCACGUCGACCCCCUGACGGCCCACCGGUCGAACCCGCAGUGCUGGGACUCCUCCUCGGCUCUGCUGCUGGAGAUGCGCUCCCCGAGGAUCGCUGACACGGUACCCGCUUUCUGGGACCUGAUGCUGUUCCUCAGGUCGUCAGACAACGGCAAACACACGGCGCUGUUCUGGGACCUGGCCCGGGUCUUCUGGGACCUCUAUCUAGACUGCGUGCUGUCCAGGAGUCACGGCAUGGGGCGGAGACACAUCACCGCUUUACACUCCCUCGUCACUGACAAGCCCUUCAGAUUCAACAGUUCAGGAGCAAACUCUCGUGCGUGGCUCAGUGUCAGAGUGAUGCCCAGAGGACACAUCAAGACCCUGAAGACCAAGCCUAAAUCCCACACACACUACCACAAAUAGUAUAUCAAAUAUUUAAAGUAUUUAACUAUAAUAUACUAACAGUUAAGCCUACUUAAAGGGUAUUGGUGGCUCGCAUGAGUUUUGUAGACAUAUUUUAUAAGUGAUAAUGCACAAUAAGGUGUCCUGAUAAAUAAACAUAACGCGCAUGGUGGAGGCCUCAGCUGAUGCUAUUAUUAUUGAUAUUAAGACACCUUGAGGUGUAUUAUGUCUUUAUAUCACAGUCCACAGAAAGGGAAAUUGUUAACUAAUUUAAAAAGUUAGUAGUUUGUUUAAUCCUUCAUCCAUGAGUGUUAACUGGUAACACUGCAUAAAUAACUGUAUUGUUGCUAUGGUUACCUGCAGUUCAAUUCACCUUUCACACUGAUUCCAAAUGGUGAUCAAACAUUUGAAUUGUAUUGUGUGUUUUAUUUGCUAUCAUAUGUUCCUAUAGGCUAUGUGAU